AUGAGUUUACAUAUUAAAAUUGGAAGUAGAGUAACACCAAUAAAUGAUCAUUGUGAAGAACAUAUGUAUAGAAGUUAUGGAUGUAUUGGUACUGUAUGUUAUGGUAAUAAUAUAAACAAAACUAUAGAUGAUAUUCUAGUUGGUGUAAAGUGGGAUGAAGAUGCUUAUAUUAAAGCUCAAUAUAAGAAUAAAGAUGUCUUAAUUACUGGUGAUGACUCAAAUUCAUUGGAAAAUUGCCAAUUUUUUCAUUUGAGUGAACUUGAUAUAGGUAUAUCAUUUGAAAAGGCUAUUAAUGAACGAUAUGGGUGUAAUAUGUCAUGUAUAAAUACAGAAGAAAUGGAAAAUACCAAGAUAGAUUUCUUUGGAUUUGAAAAAGUAACUAAAUAUUAUGAAAAUUUAAAGAAUAUCCAGUAUGUCUCACUGGAAGGAAUGAAGAUUUCUCAUUGUUGUUUAGUGGAGCAAUCUCCAACAUCAAAAAUAGUACUUACAAGAGUUAAAACUGCAUGUUUAAACAAUAAUCUUUUAUAUGAUUGGGAUACAAUUAACUGUAUAUUGACGCAUAUGCCAUCUAUUGAAUGCUUAACACUUAAUGGUAAUCGUUUUUUAAAAGAUAAACCAAAUUUGAAGCUAGAAAAAAUAAAAACUAUUAAAGCAUUGAGUAUGCAGAAUACCAACGUAGAGCUGUUAUAUAUUGUAGAAUUAUGUUCUGAAAGUGGAGUAUUUGGGAAUUUAAAACAAUUAAAUAUUUCAUCUAAUAGAUAUCAGGACUUGAAUAUACCCUUUAAUAAAGAAAUGAAUUUAGUUGGCCAGAAAUGCCAAAAUAAUAAAUUUGAAUAUUCAGAAAUCUGUUCUAAUACUAUAAAGACGAGUAUUGAAAUUUUAGAUAUCAGCUCAAAUGAUCUAAUAUCAUGGGAGACUUUAUUACAACUUUUAUCAUCUAGUUUCCCAAAUUUAAAGAGUCUUAAUAUAUCUAAUAAUCCUUUAAGUGAUAAUUUGGUAAAUAAAGAUAGAAGUGAAAUUCCUGUUGAUUUUAUUUUUGAUGAAAUUAAGGAGAUAAUUAUGGACAAUUGUCCGAUUAAUAAAUGGAAUACAAUUAAAGAGUUUCGAAAGAUAUUUCCAAAUUUGGAAAAUCUUUCAAUUAAGGGAAUACCACUACUUACUAUUGAAAAUCUAUGUGACAAGAAUCAGAUACCAAUUCCAAAAUGUAAUUUAAGAAAUAUAAUUAUUGCAAUGUUUUCAAAUUUGAAAGUAUUCAACAGGAGCAUAAUAAAUAAAGAAGAACUCACUUCUUCUAGGCGUUAUUUCAUAUAUUUAGCCACUAUAAAAAGACAUCCUAUAAUAGAAAUUAUAGAUCCAUUACAUGAAAUACUUGAUGAAUUACAGAUUUUAGAAGAUAGACCAUUAAAUUUAUGUACACCAGAAAAUGUGGAGUCUUUGAAUGAAGGUUUAGCUGGUAAUAAUUUCAUAAAGCUUACAAUAAUUCCUGAAUAUUUUAGUGUAGAGAAAUUACCUAGAAAAUUUGAUGUAAACAAGAAUAUGAAAGUAAAUGAUUUAAAACACUUAUGUUGGAAAUGGUACAGAGUACCAAUUGAACAUUCUAUAUAUACAUAUACAAAUAACCGUCAAAUAAUUGAUAUAGUUGACUAUAAUUAUUCAUGUACUCUUGAAGAUAUUGGGAUAAAUUCUAAUGGGAUAUUGAGAAUACAAGAAAAGGUAAUAGAAAAUUUGCAAUGA